UAUUUAUACACAUCAAAAUAUCAGAAAUUGCGGGAAACAUAUGAAAAUUGAGUGGUGCUUUAAUAAAAAUUAUUUAUAAACAAUAAAUAAAGUAUUAAUUUACAAAUAAAAACUUGUAUUCGUAAAAAGAAAAGACAACCAUGCCUGCUAACAAUGGACACUGUGGGGUUCCCCAGUGCAACUCAUAUCGGAAGGAUGGAAUAUCGAUGUUCCAUCUCCCAAAAGAUGUUCGGGAGUCUCCUAUUCUUUUGAAGAAAUGGUCCGGGACUCUUCGGAUGGGAAAACAAUUUCCGAAACAAUUUUUUAUAUGUGAGUUGCAUUUCCAUAAACAUCAAGUCCUGAGGCGAAAUAAAGGCAACGCUAAAUCACGACCGGUUUUAGUAAAGGGUGCGUUUCCCUCGCAAAACCUUCCCAAAUCUGUGGUAAAAACCAAUCAAAUAAGAUCUAGAAGAAUUUUGUCUAGAGCUUUGUCCAUUGCUAGAAGUCGAAAAUGUGAAGAACAUGAUCAUGGAGAAGGGAAUGUCGGAGAAGAAACGAAUAGGAUUGACAACGAGGAUGAGGAUGCUGAAAAUAUUGGUGGUACUGACGACAUUUGCAGUCGCUUUUGCAAUAAAGGCAUUCAAGUGAAUUUAAAUCCAACUAUUGUAAGCUCCUUGUGCGACACGGAUAAAAAACUAAAAACGUUUACAGGACUAGAUGGUUUAAGUACUUUAGAUGCAUUAGUAAACGCAUCUUUUAAGUUACGAAAAGAAGAAACUCCUUACAUGUCAAUGAGAGACAGGAUUAUUCUAACCAUGUCCAAACUUAAAAAUAAUUCCACUUUCGCAUACUUGGCCGUUUUGUUCCAAAUCAGCGAGAAAACAGCUAAACUUUAUUUUGUCGAUACAAUAAAGCAUUUAGCCAAAAUAGUUGGACCCUUGAUAUACUGGCCGACAAGGGAACAAAAUGCGAAGAGGAUGCCUAAAUGCUUUGAGUAUUUUCAAAAUGUAAGGACAAUUUUAGACUGCACGGAGAUGAAGACGGUAACGUUCCGAUGCCUUAAAUGUAGAACUGGAGUUUAUUCACAAUAUAAGGGAGCAGCCACGCUUAAAGUGUUGAUUGGAAUUUCACCAUCGGGAGCUAUAAACUUUCUGAGCAAAGUUGCCAGUGGAAGAUCUUCGGAUAAGGCGAUAUUUAACCGCUCAGAUCUUCUUUCGAAACUGGAACCAGGAGACGCAGUAAUGGUCGACAAAGGCUUCAUGAUCGGCGAUGAGCUCAAUAAAGCGGGAAUUGAAAUGAUAAGACCUAAAUUUCAUUUCGAACCUUUUUCGGGAGAAGAUGUGAGAAGAAACACUAGAAUUGCUGCAGCGAGAGUACAUGUGGAAAGGAGAUUUGCUAGACUUAAAAUGUUCAAAAUACUAUCAGAUAAAAUCCAUUCAUCAGUUAUACCAUAUAUAGACGACAUUAUGAUAGUUUUAUGCGGUCUAUCAAAUUAUGGUACACCUAUAUUAGAUGAUAGCAAAUUUUAAAUAUAAAAAUAAAAGACAUUUUUUGAAAAUACUAUUAGCAUUUAUUUUGUAUUAUUUUUUAAAAACAUAACACCUUAAACCUAACUUUUUUUUAAUACAAAUACAAAUAAAUACAAAAAUAACUAAAUUUCAAGUCUUUUAAAUUGGACGGACAUUGGUUUCAGCUUCAUGUUUUGAAUAAAAUUUAUUAUAUAACUUAAAAGAAACAAAAUUGUAAUGCAAAACACCACAAAAGAAUACAAUGCGAAUAAGACAGUAGAAAAUAUCGCAAUAUAUAUUACAUACAAAAAAAAAAAACAAAAAAUACAACAGGUACUAGAAAAAACCAUAAUUAAUACUAUACUUUAAAGUAAUCAGAAUACUGUCGACUUAGUAGCGAAAAAUUGUUAGUAAAUAAAAAAACAAAAAAGCACAAUUAAAAAUAUACUUUACACUUUACAAGCAAUAACAAAACAAAAACUGUCGAAUUAAAGAAACAUUUUUAUAGAACUAAAAAAAAAAACACAGAUAAUUUCAAUGGAGGAUCCUUCAUCAUGAUAAAAACGCAUCGUAAAUUACCUAAAAUAAAAAGAAGAUAAAAAUAUAACACACUAUUUUUUUUAUACCU